AUGGCAGGGCCGCGGUGUUUUCCGCCUUCCGACCAUAGAAUGUGGCCAAACAGCCUGACUAACUUGCCUCAGCUAUCGGACGAAACUCUCGGGGGAUUUUGCACGAUGGUGACAACCUCGUCAAAGCAGCGAAGCAAGUCCUACGUCUUUGCUGUGGAAGCCUACACAGUGCCGUCUUCCGUGCGGACGAACAUCUGCGAUUCAAGUUUUGGGAGUCGGGAUCGUCUACGACCGAGAGGUGUGCUACCGGAGCCAGAAAAAGCUGUUCUGCCCUACAACGUCCUCCUGGCGUUCAAGGCUGACAGCGGAAAUCCAGCUUUCACCAGAGGAGGCGAGAGAUCUGGAGCGUAAUACCAGGCAGGCAGCGACAGAGUCAACGCUGGAAAAAAGCACGGCUGAACAGACUAACUGCAUCGCGUUUUGGAUGUGUCAUC